UAGAGGCGACAGCGGCCAUUUUAGGUUCGGGCGGAUAUCAAAUUAGAACUGCGCGUCUAAAGGCCUAAAAAUUGAAAUCAAAACAAACUUGCGAGUUCAACUGAAACGCCAAGAAAGGAAACAGCUUCACAGACAGACCAGGCCGCUGGGAGCAGGGAGUCAAGCCGCGACCGGCCCCCGCACCCACACGCAAGAUGGCUUCGGCCUGAGAGUCACCUAUGCGGCCGCUCUAUCUCGGUUCCGGGUUCGUUCACCUCAGUGGUGGCGUCGGAGGGCUGGAGGCUGGCGUUCUGUCCGGUUUCCGGACCCAUCUCUAUGGUGUCGGAGGGAGCAUACCCCCCGAAGAUUGUGGGUGUAGUGGCUACAGCCUCACAGGCUCUGCUUGGCUUUGUGGAGGAACUGCAGCACCACCUCACUGCAUAAGGGAUGGGAUCAGAGAGCAGUGCUCUGAAGAGCUAUGCGCUGAAGGAGCCACCUUUCACCUUACCCUCUGGGCUUGCCGUUUACCCCGCUGUUCUGCAAGAUGGCAGAUGCGCUUCCGUCUUCGUGUAUAAGAGAGAAAACGAAGACAAAGUUAACAAAGCUGCCAAGCAUUUGAAGACACUUCGUCACCCUUGCUUGCUAAGAUUUUUAUCUUGCACUGUGGAGGCAGCUGGGAUUCAUCUAGUCACUGAGCGAGUGCAGCCUCUGGAAGUGGCUUUAGAAACUCUGUCUUCCGCAGAGGUCUGUGCCGGGAUCUACGACAUACUGCUGGCUCUCAUCUUCCUUCAUGACCGAGGACACCUAACACACAACAAUGUCUGCUUAUCAUCUGUGUUUGUGAGUGAAGAUGGGCACUGGAAGCUCGGAGGAAUGGAAACCGUCUGUAAAGUUCCUCAGGCCACGCCCGAGUUUCUGAGGAGUAUUCAGUCAGUCAGAGACCCAGCAUCUAUCCCUCCUGAAGAGAUGUCUCCAGAAUUCACAACCCUGCCUGAAUCACACGGACAUGCCCGGGAUGCCUUUGCGUUUGGGACAUUGGUGGAAAGUUUGCUCACAAUCUUAAGUGAACAGGUUUCAGCGGAUGUUCUCUCCAGCUUUCAACAGACCUUGCACUCAACCUUGCUGAAUCCCAUUCCAAAAUGUCGGCCAGCGCUCUGCACCUUACUGUCCCAUGACUUCUUCAGGAAUGAUUUUCUAGAAGUUGUGAAUUUCUUGAAAAGUUUAACAUUGAAGAGUGAAGAGGAAAAAACUGAGUUUUUCAAAUUCCUGCUGGACAGAGUCAGCUGCCUGUCAGAGGAGUUAAUAGCCUCACGGUUGGUGCCUCUUCUGCUUAAUCAGUUGGUGUUUGCAGAGCCGGUAGCGGUUAAGAGUUUUCUUCCUCAUCUGCUUGGCCCCAAAAAAGACAGCGCGCGAGGAGACAGCCCUUGCCUGCUGUCGCCGGCCCUGUUCCAGUCGCGGGUGAUCCCUGUGCUGCUGCAGCUGUUUGAGGUGCACGAGGAGCACGUGCGGCUGGUGCUGCUGUCUCACCUGGAGGCCUACGUGGAGCACUUCACUCAGGAGCAGCUGAAGAAAAUCAUCUUGCCGCAGGUGUUACUGGGCUUGCGUGAUACCAGCGAUUCCAUUGUGGCAAUUACUCUUCACAGCCUAGCAGUGCUGGUGUCUUUGCUUGGACCAGAGGUGGUUGUGGGAGGAGAAAGAACCAAGAUCUUCAAACGCACUGCCCCAAGUUUUACGAAAACGGUCGACCUCUCCCCAGAAGAUGUUCCCCCGCAUGUCGUCUGUAGCCAGCAGACUCAGAUGGCGCCAGUCGUGGAGAAGCCCUCCUCUGGCACAUUCCCUAAAUGUUUCUUUUCUGGCAGCAUGCCCGUCAGCAAGAAGCACAUACAGCAAGAUUGCUACAAUACUCUUUUACAGACAGGUGAUCAAUUUCUUCAGCCUAUUAAAUUUCCCAUGAAUGGACUCUCAGAUGUGAAAAAUACCUCGGGAGAUAGUGAGAACUUCCCACCAAGUUCUAAAAAGUCUGAGGAGUGGCCUGACUGGAGUGAGCCUGAGGAGCCUGAAAACAAAGCUGUCAGCAUCCAGAUUUGUCCCACAGAAGCCUACGAUGCCUCCACAUCCCCACUCACUAACGUGAACGCGGAGGAGGUGGUGUGGGAUGACUUUGAAUCCAGCAGCUUAGAUACUGAAAUAAGUGCAAGAGGUGGAGUCUCAGCUGUCAGCCGGGGUACCUCAGGGGAACAGGAGGCUAUUUCUACUUUGGUUUCACUCACUGAAGAGUCCAAGCCUUUGAAAUUGAGUCUACCCCAAAAGACCAAUCUUGCACAAAGUGGGGAUGACCCAGACCAAACCAAGCCACCAAAAGUGUCAUCCCAAGAAAGGCGCCUUAAGGUUCCAUCAGAACUUGGUUUAGGAGAGGAGUUUACCAUUCAAGUAAAAAAGAAGCCAGUACAAGAUCCAGAGUUGGACUGGUUUGCUGAUAUGAUUCCAGAAAUUAAGCCUUCAGCUGCUAUUCUUAUUUUGCCUGAACUGAGGACAGAAAUGAUGGUUUCUGACAAGGAUGACGUCUCACCAGUGAUGCAGUUUUCCUCAAAAUUUGCUGCAGCAGAGAUGACUGAGGGAGAGUCUGAAGGCUGGGGAGACGAAGGGGAGCUGAACUGGGAAGAUAAUAACUGGUGACAACGGGUAUAACUUUAGGGAAAAGGAUUUCUUUAAAAAAAAAAAAAAAAAUCAAA